AUGGCUAGCUCAUGUUCAACUCCUACGAUACCUCAGCGCACAGUGGCCGAGAAACGAUGGCACCAAGCUUGGGAAUCGUUGAAGAAGGAAGAUAAAGACGAAAUCAAACUAGACCCCACUCGAACGGAUUAUUUGGAUAUUCUUCAAGAUAUUCACAAUCUCGCUAUCGAGAAGAAAGAAGUAUGCAUACAAAAUGCAUGGAAAUACAAAAAGAACAAUGGCACAACGAUAAUUGUCAGAGAUCUCUUCGAAAAAAUACUUGUUUGGGUGAAUAAAGUGAAGGAUGUCGGAGAUGUAAUCGUCAGUUACGAUCCUGGACAUGCCGCUCUCCCUUGGGCAGCAGUGCGAUUGCUUCUUACGAUUGCAGUUGAAGAUAGCCAGUCGCUUGGGAUUUUGAUCGAGGGGUUGGAACAAAUCUCAAAGUUGAUCGCCCAGUGCAAGGUGCUCGAAGAUCUAUACUCACAAUCUGCUGGUGAUAACACCGGAUUUGAUGGAGCCUUGCUGGAGCUUUAUGUGGCGAUUUUGACAUUUGAAUCACAUGCAAUUCAAAUGUAUCGAAAAAGCACGGCAAGCCGUUUAAUCUCGGCAAUCAAAUUGCCAUCGAAUAAAUUACAAGAUGGCCUUAAAAUGGUGUGGGUCAAACAUCAACGAGUUACAGAUUGUACCAGAUUGAUUGACGCUCAAUACAUUCGUCAAUUCGAGGAUAUUCUUCAACAAUUUGAACAUCCAAUUGUAAGAAGCGCAGCAAUUUUGCAAAAUUACGAAGAUUCUCUAGACCUCCAAGAGCGCGAGACUUUACUGAGAUGGCUCUCAACAAUACCAUACCGAAAACAUCACAAAUUAAAGCGGAGCGAGCGCCUUGAAGGCUCCUGCGAAUGGCUACUAAAUUCGGCAGACUACAUCCAGUGGAAGGAUUCAAGUGCAUCGUCUAUACUGUGGCUUAAUGGAAUAGCAGGUUGCGGGAAGAGCGUCUUGACAUCCGCGGUGAUCGAAAGUCUUUGCCAGGAGUCUUCCAGCAUGGGGACUGCGGCUCUGGUUGCAUAUUUCUAUUGUUCUCGUAACACUGCAGAGCCCGAGAGGGCCAACCCCGAAGAAGUUCUGCGUAGUAUUUUAGAGCAGGUAUCAUCAAACACCGCUGAACUUCCAAUCCGAAAGCCUGUUGUUGAAGUCUACAAGAAUUUGAAAAAAGAGAACCGAGGACUCUCUCCUCAGGAGCGCUUGAGCUUAGAUGAGACUACCGAAGUGCUUCUUAAAAUUCUUCAAGUGGAUCCCUUCUAUGUGGUGAUCGACGCACUGGAUGAAUGCGACCCUAGUGAGAGAUACAGCCUUAUUGAAUCUUUGAAAACUAUCAUUGAUAAAUCUGCCAGCGUUGUCAAGAUUUUCAUUUCGAGCAGGAGAGACAAUGACAUACUCAGUCAAUUUGAAGAGUCACCAUGUAUCUCAAUUCAACCUAGUCACAUCUCUAAAGACAUUGAGAAUUAUGUCAAGAAGGAAGUUUUCGAGGCAAUGGAAAAGAAAAGGAUAGUCAAAGGAAAACUUCUGCCAAAAGAAAAGAAGAAAAUAGAGCAGCAAAUAACUCAAACUCUCAUUGAUGAAUCUCAAGGAAUGUUUCGAUGGGUAACCUUGCAGAUGCAGCAAUUGUGUAAGCAGGUUAGAGUGAAAGGAGACAUCGAUAGCGUUCUCAGAAAGCUCCCGAAAUCGCUAGAAGAAUCUUAUCAUCUUGUUUAUCAAGAUAUUAUGAGCAUGGAAGAGCCAAGUCAGAAAGUUGCCAUCAGGACAUUACAGGUAUUAUUGAGCACGAGGCGAAAACUCAUUCUGGAUGAGAUGCUCGCCGCAGUCACUGUUGAAAUUGAUACAAACGAAGUCCUGAUCUCCACAGUUGAUGAGUUGCUAGAUGUUUGCUGCAACCUGAUAAUAUUUGAUAAAGGAGAACAGAUUCUACGCUUUGCACAUCUUUCGGUUCGAGAAUUUUUGGAAAAAUGCGCUCCAAGAGAUCAUUUCAGCAUCCAAUCCAGAGAAUUGUUCUUGAUGAAUCGAUGCCUUUACAUUUUCUUGUAUGAAUCUCAUCACGUCGUCAUUUCCAGAGAGCAAGCAGAAGAGAUCACUCGACAAAACAGAAGAUUUGAGAUGUAUGCAGCGGAAUACUGGCCGGAGCAUUGUAAAUUGGCGCAGCCCGAUGUGGUAACUAGCGAGUUUUUGAAAAAGUUUAUCGGUAAUGAUCUAGAUACGGGUCAUAGUGCAUCAUACAAAAUGUGGCUUGAAAGGUCGAAUUCAUUACAGAACAUGCCCCAGAUUUUCUGUCAUAUCCACGGAUACCACUUUGACCGGGGUGCCCCUCUAUUAAUCUCUGAUAUAUCUUGUAUGUACGGAUUGAUGGCAAUUAUCAUGACUUUGUUGCAAUACAAACAUAUUAAUUGGAAUGCACCCAUGGCAAAUCAGUAUGGGCGAGUAUAUUAUCCAUUGGUAUUUGCAGCUAAGGGUGGACAUGUCAUGAUUGUCAAACAAAUUCUCAGUAGAUACAGUGGCUACUAUGCAAAAGGCAGUCCUGGGCACGAUAUUUUUUUCAUGAGUCUUAUCGAAGCUAUUAAGACCCCACAAAUUGAAGUCGCAAAGAUUCUACUUGACUAUGGCAUAGUAAAGAGCAUUAUCCCUUCUGUUGAGAGUGUUAAAGAUCUUGAAACCUUGAAAGACGAUCACGAAAUCGUACAAAGACAAAAUGCUCAAGGCAAUUCACCUUUAGAACUUGCUGUAUUACAUUGCAAUACCCCCAUCAUAGAUGCUCUUUGUUCAUUCGGGGCAGAUGUUCUGGCCAAAGAUUCUUCAGGAGCUACACUUAUACACUGUCUAGCUAAGGGGUUUCCUGAGCAUAUGAGAAACUACUAUCCCUGUGUCAAAGAAUACGAAAAUACUAUUGAAUGUUUGAUACGGAACGGCGUAGAUAUAGCGGCGAUUGAUAAUUCUCAACGCACAGCCCUGCAUGUUGCUGCAUGUCAUGUCAAUGAUCUUGAUCAUCUGGUGCCAGUAAUUGUCAAUGCCGGUACGCCUAUUAAUGCACAGAACAACGAAGGGGAUACUGCGUUGAAUAUUUUAGUUACUCGUUCGUGGUUGACAGCUAAAGUGGAGUGUGCGUUUCUUCUUUUAUCACUAGGUGCAGAUUGUUCCAUUCCAAAUAAUGAUGGGCUUACCGCAUUAGAUAAGGCUCAAAGGGUGCUCAAGGAAUUGUAUCCAAAACAUUACCAACGGCGGGCUUACAGAUACGUCGUCGAAAAAUUGACUACAGCAUCACAAGGUAAAAUUGUGGAAGAUAUUUGGAGAUUAUUUGUCGAUGAUUCUUAG